AAAAACCAAAUCUUUCAUCAUCUUCUUCUUCUUUCUUCACCAGUUGACUCUCUUUCUCUCUCUCAAUCUCUCUGAAUCUCUCACUCUCCUACCCGAAAACAUGAACACCAACGACCCGGAUCCGAUUCCGUUUAACAGACCCGAAGACAACUUCUCCGGUUCUAAAACCUACGCAAUGAGCGGCAAAAUCAUGCUAAGCGCUAUAGUAAUCCUCUUCUUCGUCGUCAUUUUAAUGGUCUUCCUCCAUCUUUACGCUCGUUGGUAUCUCCUCCGUGCUCGUAGACGUCAUCUCCGUCGUCGUAGCCGUAACCGUCGAGCUACGAUGGUUUUCUUCACCGCUGAUCCUACCACCGCCGCUACCUCCGUCGUCGCUUCACGUGGACUUGAUCCAAACGUCAUUAAAUCUCUUCCCAUUUUCACUUUCUCCGAUGAGACUCAUAAAGAUCCGAUCGAAUGCGCCGUUUGUUUAUCGGAAUUUGAAGAGAGUGAAUCGGGUCGGGUUUUGCCCAAUUGUAAACAUACUUUUCAUGUUGAUUGUAUUGAUAUGUGGUUUCAUUCUCAUUCCACUUGUCCUCUUUGUCGCUCUCUCGUUGAGCCUCUCGCCGGAAUUGAAUUAACGGUGGCGGCGACGACGGAGGGGGAAGUUGUGAUUGCGAUUGGUUCUGAUCCGGUUUCUGCAAUUGAACCGGGUUCUAGCUCUGGAUUGAGGGAUGAACCACAUGGAUCUGGAUCUUCUCCGAUGCCGACGGAAGAUUCCGGGAGAAAACCGGCGGCGAUUGAGGUUCCGAGGAGGAAUUUCAGCGAGUUUGAAGACGAGUUGACUCGGAGAGACUCGCCGGCGAGUCAGUCGUUUAGAUCGCCGAUGAGUCGGAUGUUAUCUUUCACUCGGAUGUUGAGUAGAGAUAGAAGAAGCGCUUCGUCUCCUAUCGCCGGAGCUCCGCCGGUAUCUCCGUCGUUGAGUUGCCGGAUACAGAUGACCGAGUCAGAUAUCGAGCAGGGAGAAGAGCGUAGGUGACGUGCCACGUGGUGGUGUCUGAUUGGUUUGAUUUUCAAUUCAACAGGCUUCUGUCGCGCCCGUGGACACGUGGCGUAAUCUGAGCUUCCAGUGAAUCGAUAUUUACCGUCUAUUAUGAUUACAUUAGAUUAGUUAGAUAGAUUUGUUUGACGAUGUACAAAGUCAGUCAUCUACAUAUUGAAUCAAUUUCCAUUUAUUUU